AUUUUCCUGUAAUACAGGGGAAUACAGGAAAAUACAGGGGAAUACAGGGAAAUACAGGAGAAUACAGGGAAAUACUAGAACUGGCACUUUAAUAUGGUUACAUGAAGUAGUUACCUGUUUUUGUGUUGGGCUGUCUGUGGCAGGUCAGCGGAUUUAGCUUUGUAACCACUCCUAUUCCGGUUCCUUGACAAAAUUAUAUAGAGAAAAACAUGGAUUUGGGACACGAAAUUGGGCAACAAAUUCGGGCUGCAAUCAAGACCAAGCUUCAAGAUCUUGGCUCUUAUGUUGAUGAUGAAUUGCCAGAGUACAUCAUGGUGAUGUUAGCAAACAAACGCACCACUACACAGAUGAAUGAGGAUUUGAUGCUCUUUCUUGGUGAAAACACUUCCAAAUUCACAGACUGGCUGUUUAACCUCAUUGAAAAGCUGAAAGAUGUGGCAAGUGCUGCUGAAAAUGUUGUAGAAAAAGCAGUUAUUGAGCAGGCAAAAGAGGAGAUUCCUGACCCCAAACCAGCCCUGCUUAAAACCAGUAAAAGUGACCCAAAAGGCACCUCUACAAGCAAGCCUGUGAGUGUCCCCACAAGAUCUCCCAAGAGCCCCCCAAGAGAAGCAAAGACUUCAAAGAAAACACCUUCAAGCCAUGUAGAAAGACCAAAGAUCUCAAGCACUAUUGUCAGGUCAGAAUCCAAAGGGCAAAGAAAGCAAAGGGUUUGUGAUGGUGAUGGAGAUGAGCGGCCUACCUUACCAAGCGUUGUACAGGUCCAAGAAAAGAGACCAAGGCCGACUUUGCCAGCCUCUAAACAAGCCACUGGCUCACUUCUACGGAAAGCAGUCACAGAAGCCCAUCGAUCCGUCAGCAAACAUGUCCCACCCUCCAACCUCACAUACGACCCAACGGCAGCCACAACCUUGAUGAGGAUUCAGUCAUUUGAGGAAAAACAACAGCAAAAAGAACUGCUUCUUAGGCAGCAUCGCGAGCUACAACAACAACUUGAAAGGGAAGAAUUAGAGAAUGCAAACAUAAAAGAUGGAAAUAAUGAAGAGGCCAUGAUGGAAGAACCAGUGUUGAGAAACCCUGAGCUCUCUGCUGAUUCUGGAAUACAGUCAGAGCCAGUCAUAGAGCUGUGUGUGUCUGAGGCAGAAGCCUUGGAAUUGUGCAGCACUGAGUCAAUGGAAAAGGAUACUAGAAUUGUUGCUCUUGCUGACAGUCCAACCGCAAAUCAAGAGGAGGAGACUCGCAAGCGCAGGAAGAAGAGAGCCGUGAAGGCAAGAGUGCGACUUGACAGCCCCAAGUUUAUAGUGACCCUAGAUGGGGUGGAUAGUGAACUGGAAGACAAGUAUCUAAAAGGAUCCAAGCGAUCCAAGAGACUCAAGAAAGAUGAGUUUGAUGACUUUGUAGAAGUUGACACCAGCACUAUUCCAGUCCAGAAAGUCCAGGAAGAUAAAAGUAUGCCCCAAGAAUAUGCAGCACCUUCUGUGGAACAAGUUAUGAUCCGUCUAGACACCUCAGCUAGUGAUGAAGAAGAAGUAACUGACCAAUCACAGGUCAAACCCAGAUCCCAAGAACGAUGCCGGUUCUGGCCUGUUUGUCUCAAUGGAGACAACUGUCCUUAUUUCCAUCCCACAUUCCCAUGCAGAACAUUCCCCAAUUGCCCUUAUGGUAAAACCUGUAUGUUUGUUCAUCCGAGUUGCAAAUUUGAUGGCAGAUGCACAAAUUCAAUGUGUCCAUAUCUACAUAAGCUGAAGAGUAAACCUCCUGUGCAACCUGCUGCCGGUCCUCAGUCUUCAGCCGCUGUUCCUCCUGUCUCAAAGAGUAACGCCACAUUACCGACUCUCGAGGAGCUGACGUUGUGUAAAUACUUCCCAGCAUGCACUCGGCUCAAGUGUCCCUUUCACCACCCGGCACCACCGCCAAAGAUUUGUCGCUAUGGUAACUUGUGCACUCGACUAGACUGUGUAUUCAGUCAUCCGCCAAAGAAAGCUGAUUUGAAGUGGUCUGCUAGCCCUAAACACAUCAGUGAACGAAGCUUUGCUCUGCCCGAUCAAAACGUUACGAAUAUGCCAGUUGUGUCGUAGCACUUGUAUGGUAGACGACAAAGUCACGACGAAAGCACUUUUUUAUGAAAAAGUUUAAUUUUUAGUUUUGUUGCUGAAGGUUCCAAGCUUCUGUUUUCUAAAGAUCGAAAGCUUAAAAAAGAGCAUUUUACGGUCACGUUUUCUUUUCUGUCUAUGUUUUUGUUACGGCGUAAUUUUCAGUUAAGGCUUGGCCAUUCUCAUUUUUGGAGCAUUUCAAGACUGGUCAAAUUAUUUAAGUUCUCUUCUCUUGUUGCUAAAUGACGAUUCUAGAAUCAUUUUAAAAAUACAUAUUUUUUAGCUUUUUCUUAGAAUUUGGGAAAUCUCGAGCUUGGACGUUCUUUUAAAAACAAAAAAGUGUACACACGUUAUUAUCAUGCUUCAUGACGAAGAGACUUGGUCUAGGUUCCUCCGCAAUUACCCGAGGUUACCUCCUAGUAUCAGAGCUUGCACUUCUUCGUUCAGUUUAGAAGAUAGGAUAUACGUUACGGGCCAAAAAAAGAGAAAGCCCUAGAGCUUCUACCUUGUGCAAACAUAUUUCGCCUUUUUUCUAAUGAAAGGGCGAAAAUGAAAUGUUUUUUUUUGCAUCUUAAGAGCAGUUUACUCCGUAAAUAAAUAACUAUUAUUUUAAUAAGAUUAUAGUAAAAAAAAGUUUUCCUA